AGUCUCGGGUCACAUAUCGGCCAGGCGGCUGCGCGACCGCAUCUCGAUUCUCGGCCUGCCUUCUUCGCUCUCGAGUACGAGGCCAGGUAUAAAACUAUCGCUCCUGCAAAAGUGCCACACAUCGUCCGCCGUACAUCAAGCACAUGUGUGUGCGUGCGCUACUCGACAGUCGGAUUACGGACAGAGCAAAUCAGGCGGUCGGCGUAGGCCUAUCCGCGCGUCUCGUGUCAGUGGGCGCGCGCAACCAGCGACUCGGCAGAGCGCGCUAUCCUAGAAGCGCCCAAGCUACUCGCGUACCGCACCGAGCAGCCGUCGAAUCAGUCGAGUGAUCGCCGUGCGGCGCGGGCCCCAGUUUUCGAGCGAUUGCGAAAACGGAGAAACGCGCGUGGCGCAAGCAAUUUCGGGCCCUCGAUACGCCGCCGAAGCCAACUCGCGCGGCCUGCCUUUCAACACGACGAGCCUGUGACUCGCUGGACCGAUUGUGAUUCCGUGCUCGACGACCACCGACAACAUGGCAACGACCCAAACUACCCUCUUGGAGCAGUCCUGCUCGUUUUUGUCCUCGGCCACGCACUGCACGCUCAACAAGAAGGCGCAGCAGCCGGCUAAGCAACACAACGGCUUCAGCAAUGGACACGCCGCCCCGAUACUGCUAGAGGGCUCAAAUGGAAUUAAAACAAAGAGUAAAGACUGUCAAGUCAAAUCAUCCAAAAACAAAGAGUCAUUUGAAAAAGUUCCAUUCAUCACAGCAGCUCUGACACAUUUUGGUUUCUAUGUGCUCAUGUUACUGGGCUUUAUUAAUCAGCUGCUUUUCACACCAAAUGUAGCCAAAGAAAAAUUCAGGGUUGGAUAUGCUCCACUUUAUGAAAAUUUUGAACAGUUCUAUUUGAGAUAUGUGUACAGAAGGAUUAGAGAUUGUUGGAACAGACCCAUUUGCUCAGUACCUGGUGCUAAAGUUACACUCAUGGAUCGAAUAACUAAAGAUCAUGGGUGGACUUUUGAAUUUACUGGCAAAAAAAGAGAAUGCAUAAAUUUGGGUUCUUACAACUACCUGGGAUUUGCUGAAUCAAGCGGACCUUGCGCUAAAACUAGUAUUGAUACAUUGCGCAAAUAUGGAUGCGCCACUGGCAGCAGUAGAUUGGAAUUAGGAAAUCUGCCAAUCCAUGAUGAGCUAGAAAAACUUACAGCUAGAUUUUUAGGAGUAGAAGAUGCUAUAGUUUUUGGAAUGGGUUUUGCAACAAAUGCCUUAAAUUUACCAUCUCUUGUUACCAAAGGCUGCCUAGUUCUAAGUGAUGAGAGAAAUCAUGCUUCUAUAAUUUUGGGUCUUAGACUUUCGGGAGCUAUAACCAGAGUUUUUGAUCACAACAAUGUUAAACAUUUGGAACAACGUUUAAAAACAGCUAUAAAAGAAGGACAACCUACAACAGGAGAACCAUGGAAAAAAAUAUUUAUUGUUGUUGAAGGUGUUUAUUCUAUGGAAGGAUCUAUUGUCCAUUUACCAGAAAUGAUUGAACUGAAAAAGAAGUAUAAGGCCUAUUUAUAUUUAGACGAAGCUCACAGCACAGGAGCCAUGGGUAAGCAUGGCAGAGGUAUCUGUGAUUAUUACGGAGUUAAUCCUCGAGAUGUUGACAUUCUCAUGGGAACAUUUACCAAAAGUUAUGGAUCUGCUGGUGGCUAUAUUGCUGGAUCAAAAGCCUUAAUCAAUUACUUAAGAGUACACAGUCAUGCACAUACAUAUGCAGUUUCUAUGUCCCCUCCAAUUGCUCAACAAAUCAUUACAUCAAUGAAAAUAAUAGCUGGAGAAGAUGGUACUCAUGAUGGUGCUAAAAGAAUUAAGCAAUUAGCUAGAAACACUAGGUAUUUUAGACAGAGAUUAAACCAGAUUGGAGUAAUUAUUUUUGGAAGUGAAGAUUCCCCAGUUGUACCAAUGAUGGUGUAUUUAUAUUCAAAAAUUGGAUCUGUAGUUCGAACUCUCACAACCAGAAAUAUUGCAGCAGUAGGAGUAGGUUUCCCUGCUACUCCAUUGAUGGAGGGUAGAAUACGAUUUUGUUUAUCAGCUGCUCACACAAAAGAACAACUUGACUAUGUAUUAGAUAAUAUUGAAGAACUUGCUGACACACUAGGCUUAAAGUAUUCAAGGAAACCACGCAAUCCUAAUCCAAUUGAAUACUAUUCAGAUAGUGAAAUGGAAUGACCUUCCUCACUGUAGGAAAAACCCUUCAAGGAAACUUGAUUUGACUAAAACAAUUGCACAAAAAUCACCUGAAUUUGAGCUUAAACAUUUUUGGUGCAAUGUGCUUAAGUGCAGACUGAUUUUAUUAGCUAGCAUUAGCUUUUUUCAUCAAUAUUCUGUUAUGAUUAAAAAAUUAUACAAUUAUUGAUUGACCAAACAUACUUUGAAUGACCCACAAGUGUGGGGAAUGUUUCAGAAUGACUUCACUCUUGUCAUUUUACACUUUUAUGAAAUAAAAUAGAUGAAGUAGAUUAAAUUAA